AUGCAUCUGAAGACGAAGAUACGCAGCUUCCUAACCCCUGAUCCAGACAGGAACGCCCACAAUUGUAUACACAUCGAGAAAGAGCUGAUACAGAACAUGCACAAGAUUUACAAGCAUCAUGGUGAAGAAGGCGGCAGCAGGAAGGGGGCUACCCCCCCACAUCACCUGUUCGACCGCGAGGACUACGUGGACUUCCCCCCUUUUAACAGAACACCGCAUCUAAACAGAACCACGGAUGUACACAGAACCACGGAUGUAAACAGAACCCCGGAUGUACAUAGAACCCCCGAUGUACACAGCAUCCGCGUUGAGUUGAAACUAAAGUUAGACGUUACACAUGCCGAUGGGGAGACCGACCCCGAUUCGUCCUUCUAUCUGGAUAUCAACCCGAGGGGUGUCAUGUCCAGAAACCAGAGAACCUUCGUUUACCAGUACAGGAGCACCAAGCCGAUGCGGGACCAGGAGCUCGAUCAGCUCACCAAGCAGCAGCGGAUGAAAUACUUCACCGCCCUGUCGCACCAACUCGCCGGAAGGACAGUCACCUUUCAAGGAACCACGUACAAGCUGCUGAACGUGCUACAGACGGCCAUCUACGGAGGGGUGUACCUCGCGCAGGUGGUACAAUCCGCGGAGGUGAUGCAGCCAGGGGAGGAAGCUUCCGUGAAGAAGAAGGCCAUAAAAAUUUUGUCCAAGCAUCUAAUCGAGUUAGCAAAGGAUAAGGUUCAGGAGGAUCCGCUCUCAGAGUAUCACUACCGAAAUUGUAUGAGUGGACACAGUAACAUCCUCAGCUGCGAUACCAUCUUUGAUGACGAUUAUUAUGUAUAUAUGAUUAUGCCCUUUGCAGUACAUGGUGAUUUAUUCGAAGUGAUGAAGAGUCGAAGUAGACCCUUCACAGAGGAAGAAGCCAAGUAUCUCUUCUAUCAAAUCCUAUUGUCAGUUAAGUUUCUACAUUGUAGGAGAUUAGCCCUCAGAGACAUUUCUCUAGAGAAUGUCCUUUUGUUUGAAAAUGAACACAACGGAUUGAUUUACCCUGUUCUCAAUGACCCUGGACAGGCAACCUACUUCACUGUCAACAAGAAAAAUGAAGUUACCCUCUUAGAGUAUACCAAGAUAUUUGGAAAAAUCUUCCGGCCCCCAGAGGUAUAUGAGAAAUGCAAAUAUGAUCCGACAAGGAUAGAUAUAUUUUGUGUUGGCUACAUCUUAUACUUUUGCUUAACAAAGCAGGAGCUAUUCAGAUGUACCUUAGCCAAGGACAUGCACUGGAAUAUGCUAAAGAGCAGACACUACCAUGAGCUGUUGAGGGAGAAGAAGGGAUUGCACUUGUCAGAUGCCGCCAUAGACUUCAUAUUUCGGUGCUUGGAACCGAAUUUUAGAAUGAGACUUGAAAUUGGGGAGGCGCUCAGGCACCCCUGGUUUAGGGGAAACUUCUUUCCUGUGCACAACCGGAGUUUGUUUCCGCUUCAUUGGGACGAUGGGGUGGAUGAGGGGAGGGCUCCCAUGAGAGAAGCCGCUUCUAGAGACUGCUGCUCCGGAGACCCCUCCUCGGCCGUCUUCAAACUUUCCAAAGAAAUCGAACAAUGCGCAAGAAGGAAGAAUGUAACUAUAAAUCAGAACUCCUCCAUCAGAUUCAGCAUCUACGAGCAUGUGAUUGUUCCCUCUCCUCCUUCUGUCGCUCUCCCCCCCAAGGCCUACAUCAGCGGGGGUAACAGCCCCUCCCUUGGUUUGAACAGUACACACAGGAGGGAAUACCCUCCAGAGGGUGAACCCCAUGCGGAGGAUGGCCUCCUCAUGGGGGAGAAGUCGUCCCAUCGGUUUGGCAACAUCCAGGGGAAGCGCGCUGACGACAAGGCCAGCAGGGCCACUCCCACAUGGACAGACAUUAACAGCAGCUGCAGGAGGAUCCCCCCGCAUGUAAGCAGUUACCCGUACGUGGGCAGCCACCCGAAGGAGGUGUUACCCCCCAGCCCCACAGAUUAUCUUGGCGGCAAUCUGGCCGAGGGUGCUGUCUAUCCUUACGCACAAAACAUUUAUGCGAAGAAGCCUGGCCUUGUGAGGAAAUCACCCCCGCCGGUAGAGAUAUCAGAAUGGAUGAAGAAGCAUAACGACUCCGCCUCUAACCAGACAUGUUACACAAACUGGACAGAGGGAGACAAACAAAGCAUCGUCCAUAACUCACCACCAAGUUGCAGUGCACUUAGGGAGAAGUCCAAAUGUAACUUUCUGAUGAGCCAUAAGGAAGGUACAUACAUAAUGAUCGGAAUGAAAAGGAAGAAACGGAGACUAAGUUCCGAUGGGGGAGAAGCAGCGGAGGAAGCAGCGGGAGAACCACAAAGAGGUGAUAAUCCCCUCCUUGAAAGCGCAGGAAGUAGCUUUCACCUGAUGGCUAGCCAAGCGUUACACACCGGGGCACAACAUGAUACACCUAACACGGUGCAGAAAAGUCCUCAUCACACGUUAAGAACUGAAGAGGUCACUAAGGGGAGUGGCCUCCUGAGCAUCUUCUCGGAGAGGAAAAAAUUACCCAAUGGAGAAGGACUACCAAAGAAUGGAACGGCUAGCAAGAAGGUUGAUUAUCCGAUUGGACCUUUCAACGAAGGGUCCUUCUUCCAUGUGGAGGAGGGACACACUGGUUGGGGAAAUAUCUCGAGGAGAUACACCCCUCUAGAGUGGAACAGAAAUAUGAUUAGAAAAAGAGUCAGUAGAUGGGAAAGAGACAAAGAGGACAUGAUGCUGCGAAUGAUGCAGAGAGGUGGGUGUCAAAAUGGAUCACUUAACAUUCAACAGAGGGACACUAACAAGAGAGAAUACAUCGACGAAGGGGCAGAAAUGGCACCUCCUCACGGUGAGACAUCAUUGGAGGUGAAACUAGGCGAAAGGUGGGGAGACGUCCACAUGGGAGGAUUUACAAAAGAAGAAGAGACAUGCACAGCUGAACUGGAAGGAGUUGUCUCCCCCAUCAAUACAAGCCCACUACACGACGUCACAGUUGUAACAGGAGGGGAUAUUCCACAGAGAACAGAUCGGAUGGAGACAAACAAUUCGAAUGAAAAAAAUGAAAAGAAAGAAAAAAAUGAAAAAAAUGAAGGAACAAGAAACACCACCAGUUAUAAUCCAAACGGAGGAAAUGGCAACGAUUUUUUCCAUUUAAAUGAAGUGAUAAUCGCAGAGAGGAAGGCACCUUACAGAGGAGUUGACUUGGGGGAGAUGUUCCAAAGGGGUAAGGAAGCUCCUGCAAAUGGAGCACACAACGGUGGAGAUCCCUGCAGGAGAGUAAAAAGGUGGUGCAGUCUAGGCGGAAGAGAAGUCUUCUGGAAUGACUUUUCUCCAAAGGGUGUCUUCACUCCUUGCAAUGAAAAUUUUUACCGUGAGGAACGUACACCAAGCGUAAGUCCAGGAAGUCACACAGAUGAACAUCCUCCUCUAGGUGAGUCGAAAGAAAAGGUAAAAGGGACUCCACCGGAUGAAGAAAUUAACAACGGAGAGUUACUUCCCCACAGAGAUGAUUCAUCCUACGCCCAUAUAAAAGACGAAAUGGAAUCUCCCAGACUGACUUCCCCAUCGUGUUUGCAUUCCAAUUGGUCAUCAUCGUGCGAGGGCAACUAUUCUGAUGUAGUAACUACCCAUGUUGAAUCGCUCAAACGGUGCGCAUCCCAGAACAAGUGUGAAGAACGAAAUAAAACGGAUUCUAACUCGUUAGGAAGAUGUAGCGAGGGGGAAUCAGGGCAGAUGUGCACCAUUGUGAGUAGGAGCGCGUCCUUUUCCAUAGAUCAGGGGAAGGGAAGCACGUCGGACAAUUUAAUCACAACUAUGUCGUCGUGCUUGUCCGAGGUUGACUUAGAAAUGGCCGGGGCGAAUAUGAAAAGGGAGUGCCCCACGCAGGGUGGAUCCAAGGAUAGGAAGUGCACCCUGCAGGGGGGCGAGGCGGCCACGUGCGAUGAGAUGGUGCGUAGUGAGAUGGUGUGCGGCGAGAUGAUGUCCAAUAAGGUGAUGAAUCAUGGACUUCCCUCCGGUAAGCUUCCGAACGGUGACCCCCACGACGAAGAGGAAGAUUUCAAAGACGCACUGGAGUACGAACUGGAACACGAGCUGGAGAGGGAGAUCAGGGAGGAGGAGCGACAACUCGAGAGAGAGCUAGAAGUGGAGCUGCAAAGGGAGUUGCACAGAGGGGUAGACGUAGGAUUAGGCGUCGAAUCGGGCGUGGGAUCGAGAGUCGGUUUAGGCGUCCGAUCAGACGUAGGACCUAUCGUGAAGUCAUGCGUAGAAUUAGACGAGGUGCCAUAUGUAGAGCUGGACGUUCAUCCAUACGUAGAUCUCGAUGUUGUGCGGUUACAGGCGGGGUCUUCCUGCGCAUCCGAGGGGGGGAAGCUAGGCCGCAAGGGGGCCUCUCCGCCAUCUGGAAAGGAGAAAGUUAGAAACGGUUCGAGUUGCACGUCGAAGGAGCAGUAUGAAUCCAUGUCAGAUGUGGAAGGCCAACCGGGAUGGUCCCCCCAAUGGCAAGAGGGCAACGCAGUGAAGAUGCCCCCGAACAACACAUGGAGCCAUUCGAAUAGGACAGAAAAGGGGAACCAAGAAAUUAAGACUAAGACAGCGUGUAAAAACUCAGUGAGUGGCAAGAAAACACAACGGGUCGGAGAGCUUAUGAUGGAAAAAGACACGAUGAAGAAACGUGCAACAGUAUCUGGGAUCUCCACGAAAAGAAGAAACAGUCCUUGCAAGUCCCAAAUGAGAAAAAAAAAGGCCGCUAACAAAAUGAAGAAGAAAGUGUACUUUUCUGUAAACCCAGAAAAAAGGAAGAGCAAAAUUGUGAUGCUUCAGAAAUGUGUCCUCAGUGAAGGGUUAAGGAGCAGUAAGAGUGGACCUGCAAAAGGGAACACCCCCAAAAGUGGGAUCGCUACGAAGGGGAUCUCCACAAAGGGGAUUGUCAAUAAGGGGAUCUCCACAAAGGGGAUUGUCAAUAAGGGGAUCUCCACUCCAGGGAUCGCCACUACCCGGAUUGUCACUACCAGGAUCGCCAGCAUCGCCACGCCUCACCCCUUGGGCAGACACACAGAAGCCCUUCACCGAAAAGGCAGGGAUGAACCGAACGACAUGGGCUCCAUUGUCGACUGCACGAGUAGGAAGGGGGCGCCAAAAACGAAGGCGAAGAUGUCCUAUGACGGGAAGAAGUGUUUAUCGAAGCGGCACACCAUAUCGGAGCUGAGUCUGGCAGGAGGCGGCAAUAUCGGCGGCAAAAUCCACAGUGGAAAAUCACCAGGGGGGAAGAGCACUCCACUGCAUCUGCCUUACACCAGGACCACCGUGCAUGCGCUCCGUGUCGUGGGGAAGAGACACACCAUUUCUGACGCGACAACUGAUGGGAAGAGUCGCGAAGGUGUAGGGGCACGCUCGGUGAAGCCAAGGUGCGAUGGGGAGUAUCUCUCCAAGGGGGGCGUAAGGGGCAUGGAGGUGCGCCCCACCUCGAGGGGCACGGAUGGAAGGAUUAGACUGAAAGGUGAGGCAAACGCGAGCGAUGGCAUCUGUGGUAGCAUCCAUGGCGGCGUCCGUGGCAGUGUCGAGGGAGUGCUCGCCAACCAGAUAGCCAAAUGGAACGACAAACCUGCAGAAACGAAAGCUCGAAGGAACCACAACCAGAUGGACAGAACCUCUGCAGAGGAGCGGAACCAUGUGGAUAAAGAAUUUAAGGACAAGCAAAGAAGCACUCUGGUAGAAUCGCACCGAGGUGGUGAAUCAUCCACGGAGGAGCCGAACACCAUAGACAGGCACCGCCCCCUCCAAGGCUUCAACACCAUAGGGCUUUAUGCAAAUGGAGGAGAGACCCAUGUGAACCACAGAUUAGCUACCCCAGACGAAGUGCACAUAGCGGCUCAAAGGGAGCAGAAGGAUUUGUUGAAUGGCAAUUUUCCCCCUGUUUGGAAGAGAGGUGAAAUGGACAAACACAGUGCAGGGGAAAAGAUGCAAGGCUGCCGAGAAGUGCUCCUACCCUGCUUAGGAGCAAAGGAGUCCCCUUCACAUUAUAGAAGCAGCGUCGGUGAACAGACUCCCGAGCGGGUAAAGGGAAGAAGCACUAUGACGGUGGACAUCCCUUUGGAGAAGGACUACGAGAAGGACAAGUCAUCUUUGAGGGGAGACCCUCGUAUGGUGGUAACCCCCAGACAGCUAAAGAUCAAUGUGAAGAAGUGCCCGGAAGAGACAUCAGCGGGGAUAAGAAGGAAAGCAGAUGGAAGUACCAGAAUCUCGAGUGAUGAGUUAGUACUGAAUAAAUUUUUGGCUGAAAUGGGGGGGAACAUCCCUGCAAGAGUACCCAAACGGGACAGCGUGAAGAAGGGAAGCUCCAAAGGUAUCCAACCGAACAGAGUAAGCGCACACGGGGAAAGGGGGGGGACCAAUGUGAUAAAGCAGAAGAGUUCCCUGUGUAGGACUGUAGUGGGUAGUCAAAGGGGAGAUAACGCAAAGGAGGGGAUGAAGCAAACGAAGAAGAAUGAAAGUAGGAAAACGAAAGACGGGGUAGCCAAACGAGGGGGUGCUCACGUGGGGGGAGACAGAGAAAAGUACCCAAACGGGGUGACACCUAACAAAGUCAAGCUUCCCGAAGGGAAGAGCGUGAGGGCUGCUCAACAGGGAAGCGCUGUCUACUCCAGUGCAGGAAAAAAAGACAGCUACCUGGAGAAGCGAAAAACUUAUGUGUUCUUUUUUAAAAAGGGCCUGAAAGGCAAACUGGAGAAAAUGAACCGAAAGGUAGAGGCAGAAAGGGAUAUGAAAAAAGUGGAGGGCAUUCUGCAGAAGGGGAGAGAAAUGAGCGGAAACCACGUCGAUGCUAACAGGAUGAAGAAGACACUCGAAGAAGAGAAAGAAAAAGAGGUGAAACAGAAAAAAUUAUAUAAAAAAGUGUCCCCAGGGGAACCGCAGGACGUGCCCCCAUUAGAAUCAAGGAGCUUCCUCGGCCAGAUGACGACGUGCAGAUACACUCAUCAUGUGAAUGAAAAAGGGAAAGAACUUCAUUUCCACAGUGGGGAGAACGGCCUGAAGAAUGUCAUUUGCCACCAAUCAGUUAGCGGCAGUGGGGUGGAAGUUCCAUCUGAAGUGACAUCCCCGAGGGGGGACAGUAACGUCUAUGAUGCGAGGAGGGUGGCACACUUUAGCCACUGCGAAUCGAAAAAUGGAAGGAGCAAUCAUUCCUUGGGGACACGCAGCAUGGAUGUAAGUUGGAAGGACACAUAUGAUUUCCACCGCAAUGGGAACGAUGGUGAAACGAGGCAUGGUGUCAGAGGCUCCUCUCCAUCGAAUGCGAAGAAAAGCGGGGUGGAAACUGCAGAUGGAUCGUGCACGGGGCGGAGAAAGGAUGUUCCCAUUGGAGGGAAGAUAACGCACAGUUAUGCCUCAACGGGUCCAUCGCAAAUGGGUUCUCCUAAACCUGCCAGACAACGGGACGUAGAAUCCCUUUCGAGGAGAAACGCAGUGGGCGACACACCUUACGCAGAUAAGGUAAACAUUGAAGAACGGGACGAUGUAAAGAUCCAUCAGAAAGGUGUCCUCCCCGAGGGGUUAAUGCAAGGGGAAAGAGUUUCCACCAAGCGGGUUGCAUGUAUGUCUUCGUAUUGUGACCACCCGGGUGAUGAGGGGCUCCCACGACGUGAGUCCCGGCCGAAUGGGAAGCUGUCACAGGGGCUGAGGCUGUGCAGACGAAUAGUGGAUGCAUCGAAAGGGGAGCCAACAACCCUCAUGGAGACGGCCCCAAUGAUGGCAAAUAGAACUGACGCGAAUGUCGCAGGUGAAAACAGAAACGGGGGGAAAAGUCCAACUCAUGGAAACGCAAAAGAGGCAACACAAAGAGAAAAGUACAGCCAAAAGGAAUCCACCAAUUUUACACAACACCAAAUGGGAGGUGAAAGAUGCAGCAACGGUAGCAGAGUCGACCCACAUGGGAAUAUAAACCAGGAGGGGAUGUCCCAUGCCAAAGAGAAGAUGAAACGCCUGAACUUGAACGGUCAAAUUCAAAGGAAUGCUGAGAAGAGCACUCUCCAGAUUAACCCAAAGGUGGAAGAAAGCCCUUCCAUGUGGUGGUCCCAAAUAGAACAGGGCACUGAGACGUAUCUGCAGGAAGGCCAACGGAAGAAAAAACAAAAUACUAACUCAUGUUUGAAUUUAAAAGGGGACGAGAUGAAGAGAGUUUUCCGUUCGUCUCCCCACUUGGUUCACUUGCAUCAAUCCAAGGUUGAUUCCCAUAUGCUGACGUCUGCCCAUGUGCCGAUGUCUGUCCAUAUGCCGAUGUCUGCCGUAAGGCCAAGGAAUGUCACUCCAGGGGGUGUCACUCCCACUGUGAAAGGAGGAGAAGCAGUUCCAGCAACACCUGCAGAACCGGUUGUACCCUGCGGCGUAGUCCAGGAGGAGGCGUACACGCCAAGACCGUUCAGUGCUCACGAUAACUACGCAGUCGCCAAGGGGACGAACCCAAAUGGUCCCACUGUUAGAGCGUAUAAAUUGCCAAACGGCCAUCAUUAUGGGGCUCAAAAUGUAUUCAUCAGAUGCAACGAACAGAAAAAAGUGGCCUAUCCAAUGGGGGAUGCAUCUGGAAGGAGGAACCAACUACUAGAGAAGACGAAAAAUGACCAGGAGGGGAGCAACCGCAACGAUGCGUAUGCUAAACCAUUGGGAGCUACCCACCAAGGGGGGACAAAUAAGACCUACAUCUCUUCACACGGAGCAUUCCGCUACACAGAUCCGAGGCAGACAAAGAACAACUUGAUCUCAGGAAAGAACAAGAAGAAUUCUAACUUGAGCAUCCUGUGGUGGAAGACUUAG